AUGGGUAUAGGGGAAUAUAAAGAAAAUGCCAACAAGCUGGAAGAAAGUGCCAGGGGAAUCUACAUUCCAUGUCCAGAACACUACAAUGGUUUCUGCAUGCAUGGAAAAUGUGAGCAUUCUGCUAAUAUGCUGGAGCCAUCUUGCAGAUGUGAUGCGGGCUACACUGGACAACACUGUGAAAAGAAAGACUACAGCGUUUUGUAUGUGGUUCCAGGCCCAGUUCGAUUUCAGUAUGUCUUAAUAGCAGCAGUGAUUGGAACAAUUCAGAUUGCGAUCAUCUGUGUUGUCGUUCUCUGCAUUACAAGGAAAUGUCCCAGGAGCAACAGAAUUCACCGGCAAAAGCAAAACACAGGGCACUACAGUUCAGACAACACAACGAGAGCAUCGACCAGGUUAAUUUAAAAGAGAGAGCAUGUUUCCACAAUGGCAAAAGUAAACUGCAGAGAGCUUGGACUUACAAAAUACAGUAUUAUAGACAAAAGUUCUACACAUGUUGCCUUGCAUUUGUGGUAAUCGACACCAAUGAAAACAGAACGAAACAUGUACUACAGCUAUA